AAACGUAGGUAGUGAUGAAAGCCAUAUUUUAAAAAAAGCAAGCAAAACUUUUCAUGAUAAAUUCUAAGAUGUCGUCAAAUACCGUAUACAACCGUGAUUCCAGUUGUUGAACAGAUUCAGACACAAAAUUGAGUUGUACAAAGCCGAACAACAAGAUUUAGAUGAUCUCCUAAACAAAAGUUACAGGCCUACAACUGACGGAAUAGAAACAGACAGUUUAUCAGAGGUAUCAAAAUGUAUACCCGAGCAACGAAUGGUUUAUCUAAGCCAGUUGCACAGACUGAUAGUGUCCCGGCAUUUUGAUUACUACAUUUCAUCGAUCGUGGCCUCAUUGAUUUAAUUGUUCUCCUGAAGUCUUUAAAGAACAAAACAAAAUUGGCCAAGAAAUGUCGGAUAUAUCGACAAAUGGCAACAGGACAUCCGAAGAAAUAAGAGGUCCGGAGGAAGAUGCAAGGUUAGAAAUGUGUGAAAUUAAUGCAAGGACUUCACUGACAAAUACCCCAGAGGAGCCCAAAGAAAGCAAUUCUCCGUCAAGAUCCCACUGGCUUAGGAAACGAUCUCCAACUUCAGCUGCUAGCGAAAAGCCGAUAUCAAUCGAGAAUAACUGCGAGCCGUCAGUCUCAACAUUAAGUGAGGUGCCCAAUAAGACGCCAACAGAGGAGGUGUUUACAGAUGUAUUUGAGAACAUUCAGCUACAAUUAGACGUUAUUAAGGGUAUAAAAGAAAAGCCAUGGACUAUGGACAAGAAAUUACAAAUUCUCAGAAACGCCAAACACUACGUCGAACAGCAUUCAGGGGAUCUAAACAGACUGCAGCAUUUAAAAGAGUCUCGGAUAAGGCUUUUUCGACAAGUGAAAAGACAAUUCCAAAACUUCAUUGUGUUCUUCAUUCCAUGGGAGAAGAGGAUAAAAAAUAUUCAAGGACAUUUUGGGGCUGGCAUCGGUUCCUUCUUUCUGUUUUUACGUUCUUUGACGUGGAUCAACUUUAUUCUGUUAACCUUUAUAACGAUCUUCGUUAUAGCUCCACAGCUCAUGAGUCCUUCGACAGCUUUGAGUAUUCCUGAGAAUGAGAAACACACAGCACAGCGCCUUACAGCAGUUCUUGAUGCCAAGGGAUAUCUGGAGUACUCCUUUUUAUUUUACGGCUAUUAUGGAAAUGAAAAUAUCCAGGUGGGCGUGAUCGAGUAUCCCUUACCGGUGGCCUACUUCGCGGUUUUCAUGGGCAUUUAUCUCUUCAGUAUCAUCACUGUACUCCGAGCUAUCACUCACGAACAGAGUCAGGUGAAGUCUUCAGGUCAAAAUGAUCAAUAUCCAUUCGGCUGGCGUGUGUUUUCAGCCUGGGAUUUUCUUAUCACGGAGCGAGAAACUGCGGAAAAUAAAUUAGCCUCGCUUACUACUGCUAUUAAAGAGCAAAUGGUUGAGGCAGUAGAAAAAGGGAAAACUAUAAAUAAAAAAUCCCUUAUCGCGCUCCGUGUAUGUGCAAACAUGCUGGUUCUGGGCGUGUUAAGCGCAAGUGCGUACUUGAUAUACCUAGUAGUGAAGCGUUCAGAUGACAGAGACAAGGAAGGAAGAUCACCCACUGUGUUAGAGCAGUACGAGAUAUCUCUCGCCAUUACGGGCAUGAAUGCUGUGUGUCCUGUAUUCUUCAAAUUGAUUUCCAUGAUGGAGCAGUAUCAUCCAAGAGUUGCUCUUUAUUGGGAGCUCACAAGAAUUAUGUUCAUGUAUCUUGGAAAUAUGUACGUACUGGUUAUAUCUCUCCUCAAUAAAAUAAAUCAGUCAAAAGGAACUGCCUCUGACGUCUCACCAACCAGUGGUGUGAUAAACUCGACCGCCACUCCUGUAACCACAUUUAAAACAAACACCACAGUAGGCUCACUGUGCUGGGAGACUACUGUGGGUCAGGAGCUGUUUAAAUUAACAAUUAUUGACUUAGUAGCCCUGGUAUUCAGUGUGUUGACGGGUGACUUGUUUGUAUCACUCACUGUCCGAUUUCUCAACUGUUUUCAAGGCCGACUCUUAGAUCUUGAAAAAAUCUUAGGUUAUCCCGAGUUCAAACUUGCGGAAAAUGUAUUACAACUUAUUAACAGCCAGGGACUAAUCUGGAUGGGUCUGGUGUUCUCUCCAGGGCUUAUUAUGCUAAACAUCCUCAAGCUAGUCAUCAUCAUGUACCUUAGGAGCUGGGCAGUGAUGGUUACUAACGUCCCUCCGAUGAGGAUCUUUAAGGCGUCUCAGCGGUUCUACUUGGUUCUUCUUCUCGUUAUGCUGUUUCUGUGUAUGUUAGCUGUAGGAUAUGCUGCUGUGGAGAUAGAACCUUCAAAAUGGUGCGGUCCUUUCAGGGGCAAACCUAACAUGUACCGGGUACUUACAGAAUCUAUUGACAAUGGUCCCGCCCUGCUGGACACAAUAGUUGACUACCUGAGUGGCCCAAGUGUCGUGAUCCCAGCGUUCAUAUUGAUGUCAAUCGCAAUCUAUUACUAUAGGUCUGAAGCAAAUUACUUGAGGAGAUCCAAUCGUGAGCUCGGGUUGCAGUUACAAUACGAGAGGACGGAGGACAGAAAGAAAAUAUUCAAAAGUCCUUCUGAGCGCUACAGUAAUAAUCCUGAAGAAGAGAAAGUCCCAGGUCUUCCCGGUGGCCAACCGCGUUAUUCAAAAACGAAAAUCAGAAAUAAAUCUCGUCAGGUUUCUGAUAACAGAACAAAUGAUAUCAAGGAUCGUGAGCUACCGCGGACAGUGGUGAAGAAAUCGUCCCAGAUGAAACAAGUGCGGCGGCACGAGGAUAUGGUCCCUAUUGUCACAUGCGAUGGAGUUAUAGAGGAGACUAGUACCGAUAGUGUCAUAAAUAGUACCCAGGACCACCGGGAGGUAAAAGUGAUUAUUCACCGGACGAGUAGUUCUAGUUCUUCAUCUGCCUCAAGUGUUAGAUCCGUUGACCAGCGGAUCACAAUUCCAAGAAAGAAACACCUGCGGUCACGUGAUCACGUUCACGAGAGUCAGAGAAAUCAGAAUAACAUAGAAAACACCGAAAGUGAAAUACAAAAUAUUGAGAGGAAUAGUACUAGUUGUUCUAUUCAGGAAAGUUCGCAUUGCGAAGAAUCGAUAGCGUUACAAGUUACAGCUGUCGAUAAUGAGGCGAAGAACAAUGGACAAGUCUGCAAAACGAGCCAACAGACUAUCAAAGAGGGUGGUUCAUUGGCAGCCAUGUUUGAUUCUUAGAAUACGAAUGUUACAAAUACUCAUCUUACUGUGGUCAAUAAGAACCAGCUUUUUAUCCAGUUUUUUUCUUCAUCACUACCAGUAAAACAGCCAGUAAACAUAGAGGAAUUAUGUUUAUUGAUAGCGUAGAAGAGUGUCAGAACCUCGAUUUUCAUCCCGGUUUCAACGUCUGAAAAAGCUAACUAAAUCAAUACACAUGCUGGGUGAAUGACACGCUGACUUUAUUGAUAUAAUCUAUAAAACUCAAGCAAGUUACAAAUAAAACCUGUUGUAAAUGAAUGUGCAUAAAAACAUUCAUGAAUGAAAACCAAACUCUUUGUUACGUCUAGUAUGUAUAUAAACCUUUUUUUAGUCUCUAAUUAAUCGCAAUUAACACGCUCUGCUUAAAAUUAUUGAUGCUGUAGCAAUAAACUCUCAAGAAACAACAUAUUAAAAAGAUCACUCUGUGAAACUUGGCUAUUGAAAAUGAACUACUGCCGUCGCUUGAUUCCAAAAUUUUUUUAAUUCCAAAUUAAAAUACAGGGGUAUGAAACUUGGUAAAAAAACAUUCUUGUUGAAAAACGAGGACCUAUAUACCUAAUCAAAGAUUCUGGAUACUAAAUUUGAUUUAUAUAGAGCCACUCCUGUCAAAGAAAAGCUGAAUCACAUGGAUAAAUUGCUCAAAAAGGAGUGUUUUCCUAUGUGUGUUACUGAUCCAAAGGAAGAGGAAAUGAGGGAGUGGGGAGGGAGGGGAGGGAGGGGAGGGGAGGCGAAGAACGAGGCCCUUUGUCUAGUGU